AUGUCGUGCUCGUCCCUGCGCUCUUUCCUUUCAGACCUACUCGUGGACGUUGACACGGAGGAAAUCACUCUUCAUGACGACAACGCUGCUGGAAUCUGCUCUCCAAUCCCAACUCCUAAUGAGCCCCGUUUUGCGCCAUGUCGGUGGAAGAGUGAGACGAACAACACAAGGCGACCAUUGUACUCGACUCCUGAUGACAAGCCCUUGUGCCGAUGGGACAGCAGCCCGAACAAGGAAAGGCAACCAUUGAACUCAAGACCACCCCGAAGGCCAUACCGCCGGAGCAGCACUGAUAUGAGCAAAGCUUCGGUCCUCAAGACAAGCAGUGAGGAUCCCAAAUCAGUGUGUCAUGAGAUCAGAUUUCCCGGUUGCGGGAUGCCCACGGUUCCGCGGGACCUAGACCAUUGA